AAAAAUGAAGACGGGUCACAUUACUGAACCACAAAAAAAGUCUUAUGAUUUUGUAGACACCCACAUCAACAGCUGAGAUAGCUCCAAUUGUUUGGCGCCCUCGUCUCCACGCCACGAAUCGUUGCAACUUCCACAUACGCAAUGACGACACUCUUUCUCGUCUUCCCCACGGAAUGAUAUUCAAUUCUAGAAACCCCAAAUUCACGACCCAACAUUUCCUUAACCUCCUCUGUUUCCUUCUCAAUCUCUUAAACCCACCAAGUCCCCGACACAAAGUCUCUCAUGCUUUUCACCCAAAAAAAAGACACGAACGUUGAUCAAAGCCAAUGGUGGCUUCUUCAAGGCCGGGACUUCCCUCGUGGAUGAGCACAGCUGCCACCAAAGUUGAUGCCAAUUUUAGAGAAACCAAAGAGCUACAAACCCAGAAGCAGAAACAGAACCAGGCUAUUCCAAUUCCUGAUGCAAACUUGAGUUUUGGAGAGAGGGCUUUGUCUGCUUCUGGUGCUGCUGUUGUUUCUGCCAUUCUUGUGAACCCUCUCGAUGUUGCCAAGACAAGAUUACAAGCUCAGGCUGCUGGAGUUCCUUACCAGGGGAUAUGCGGUACGCAUUGCAUUGAAGCAAAAACGAUGCUUCCAGAUUUGAGAUCAUCUACACCACGUACACCUUCGCUAAUUGGAUCCAGGAGUGUCUGCCCACCAGAAUGUAACCAGUAUAAAGGAACUCUGGAUGUGAUGUCGAAAGUUAUACGUCAGGAAGGAUUUUGGAAACUCUGGAGAGGAACCAAUGCAAGCUUAACAUUGGCCAUACCAACUGUGGGAAUCUACAUGCCUUGUUAUGAUAUUUUCCGCAAUUUGAUGGAAGAGUUCACAACUCAGAAUGCACCAAAUUUAACACCAUAUGUCCCAUUAGUUGCUGGCUCAUUAGCACGAUCACUGGCCUGUAUCUCUUGUUACCCUAUUGAACUGGCAAGGACACGCAUGCAGGCCUUCAAGCAAAAUCAAGCUGGUGUUAAGCUUCCGGGAGUAUGGGGGACGCUGACUGGGGCCAUAAACCCUGUCAAUAGUACAAACCCCCUUCAGAACCUACAAAGUUAUCGCAUCUUGUGGACUGGCCUUGGAGCUCAACUUGCUCGUGAUGUUCCUUUUUCUGCAAUCUGUUGGUCAACUCUUGAGCCAAUAAGGCGCAGAAUUCUUGGUCUGGUAGGUGAUGAACCUAGUGUUGCCACUGUUCUUGGGGCCAAUUUCUCAGCUGGUUUUGUUGCAGGAAGUUUUGCAGCUGCUGCUACAUGUCCACUAGAUGUGGCAAAAACCCGACGACAGAUAGAGAAGGAUCCUACAAGAGCAUUGAAGAUGACAACAAGACAAACUUUACUUGAGAUUUGGAGGGAUGGAGGAAUGAAGGGGCUGUUUAUGGGAAUUGGUCCGCGUGUUGGUCGAGCUGGCCCUUCAGUUGGGAUUGUCGUCUCCUUUUAUGAAGUUGUCAAGUAUGCUAUACAUUACAGGCAGCUGACUGAGUGACUAAACACGAUGCACACAUUCGUCGAUACUCACCCUUUCUCUGUACAAAGUUAUCUUGUCGUAGAAUAUGACAUUCCAGAAAAGGCGAAGAAAUCACUAAUUAUGUGAUUUGCUUCAUCGCUGCAAAAGCAACAGAAUAUGGCAGCAAUUUUGGAGAAUAAAAGAUAUGAUUUUUUUUCUG